AUGGCAUUCAACAUCUUUGGCAACGCGACUGAGGAGACAUCUUGGGUGCCCAACCCAACCACCCGAGGAACGUCGAAUAUCCUUCUGCCCUGCCUCAUCACGAUUUCACUCUGCGUCUGGUCGGCUCUGCAUCUCAACAUACAGGGGUACCGUGAUGGUGAAUUCAUCUGGAUGCUCUACCAGACGUGGAGAAAAUCCGGCUGGGUCAUAGUUGGUCUUCUUGCCCCGGAGUUUCUCAUUUACACCGCUUGGUAUCAGCGAUGCGAAGCCAAGCUCUGUGCGACCGCAUUCAACAACACAAUUGGGAUCACCCCUCCUCCCGGGACGUUUAGCAUAGGAGCGAGACUCCGAGAGGGCCUGAAAAAGGCGGUUCCGAAUCAGCAACGCCCUUGGACGAUUGCACAAGGCUUCUACAUUCAGAUGGGAGGGAUUGCCUUUGGUACGAUCGAACAGCAUCCUAUCUCUCUACUCCAGGGCCACGCGGUCUUGGACAGAAAAACUUUUCUCUCCGUUCUCGGUGCCAUCGACCUUCCAGAAGCCAACGCGCCCGAUUUCACCGCCUUCAGAAGUCAACUCGAUAUCUCCGAAGAAGAUCUUGUGGACAAACGGAAAGGUAGCGGUAUUGCCAAGGCCCUAGUCUGUCUCCAGGCCAUCUGGUUCUGCCUCCAAUGCUUCGCUCGCGUGCUCCAACAGUUGCCGCUCUCCCUCCUUGAACUCAACACCUUCGCUCACUCUCUCUGCGCCUUGGUGGUCUACAUCCUUUGGUGGGAAAAGCCGUUGGAUGUUGAGCGGCCUACCUACCUGACAGUUAGUUCAGAGCGCGAGAUAUAUCUAUGGGCCCGCGAGUUUCCCAAUUUUUGUUACCAGUGCUUGGAGAGUAGCGAAAGUACUGUGCGGGAAACGUUCAUUCAACCUAUUCUCUCCUUCUUCAGGACUCGGCGAUAUGGCGUACCUACUGCGGAGCCACGACAGUGGAUUGAGCUCACUGCUGUCGACGAUCAAGCCAUCCCUUCGAGGUAUAGACUCCUCAAUUUGAGAACGUCCGACUCUAGCUGA